CCUGGAUGCGCAGCGGAAGCAAGGAAGCGAACGGCCAGCUCCGGCGGAUCCGCGGAUCGGCGAUCGGCGUGUGCGUAGGGGUGUAGGUGUACUGUAGGGGAAGGCCGGCACACGUUUCGGUCUCGAAAUCCCGGGUAUGCCGGUGUAGGUGUUCGGAGUGGGUCGGGAAUGCCGCCUCCUGCUUCUUCCAGCUUCCAGGCUCGUAGGCUCGCAAGCUGUCGUGUGUGGUCCACGAGUGUACGGUGUCGGCGGGACGGAGAAGGGAGUACGGAGAAGGUUGGACAAGAAUCGGGCAUUUUAGUGACGAUUGUCAGCCUGAGCGGAGAUCGGCGAUCCGCGAAAGCGCACGGCCGCACGCACAGGCGAGCGGCGAGAUUUGCCCACCACAUGCACCACAGGAGGCGGCGCGACGCGCGACGCGCGCCGGUCGGCCGCCGGUUGGGUGCUCGAGCGUCUCUGAUCCGUCGAGGUCAGAAGCUCGCUGGUAGAUCGCGGCGUCGUCACCUUCGAACUCUGCUGCCGCGGCUGUUCACUAGCUGUUUGGAGUUACAUAUCACUGUGUCUCAGCAGCUCAGCAGCUCAGCAUACAUGUACGUAAGGAGGGUUGGAUGUCACGCGACACGACGGGAUGAUGUUUUGUUAUAGUGCGCCAGCGUGACGAGGGAUGGCGGCUUUGGCGCCAUGUUGAUUCACUCUGCGUGCAUGCUGGAGGCAGGGAGGGUGUGUUUGAAUGAGCUUUGGAGUGGCUCCAGGCCAGCCGCAUG